AGGUAGACCUCCACCAUGUACUCCACCUGGUGCAAUGACAGUUUGUGCUCUCCCCGCAGACAUCUUCUCGUCGUCAACAUCCCGCCCUCGUUGGGCGUCUGCCCGCUUGGCCCCACCCCCCUCCCCAAAGACCAGCUGUACCAGCAGGCCAUGCAGGAGUCGGCGUGGACGCACAUGCCGCACCCGUCGGACUCGGAGCGGAUCCGGCAAUACCUGAUGAGGAACCCCUGCCCCACCUUGCCCUUCCACCAUCAGAUGCCUCCUCACCAUUCAGACUCCAUCGAGUUCUACCAGCGACUCUCCACUGAAACGCUCUUCUUCAUCUUCUACUACCUGGAGGGCACCAAGGCUCAGUAUUUGUCUGCCAAGGCGCUGAAGAAGCAAUCAUGGAGGUUUCACACCAAGUACAUGAUGUGGUUCCAGAGGCACGAGGAACCCAAAACCAUCACUGAUGAGUUUGAGCAGGGCACUUACAUUUACUUUGACUAUGAGAAAUGGGGCCAGAGGAAGAAGGAGGGCUUCACCUUCGAGUACAGGUACCUGGAAGACCGAGACCUGCAGUGACGCCCCCGACACGGAGAGACAAAAGAAAAAGUACUGCUGUCCACAUUCCCAGACUGAAGUCCAAAAGUGUGGCUAGAGAUUGUGAUGUGUAGUAGAAAGGUGUCCCUCAACAUGGAGGCCGGUGUGUGUACAGGCUGGCGUCUCACAUCCCAGCAGAACGCCCUGUGGACUCACCCGCUCGCAGGUGUGCCCCGUCCGGAGCCGUGCAUGUUUCACCUUUUCUUUUCUCUUUUCUCUUUCCUUCUCCGGAGCCCGGGAAGUCUUGCUCUUGUAUUUCCUGUCAGCUGCUGCUCCACCACGGGGACCUUUCUCUCCAGACCCUGUGAUGCCUGUUGAACAUAGCCAGCGCUUAUCAAAGUUUGAUAUUUGUCGGAGGGUGAGCGCAGGGCCUCUCCCUGUGCCAGGGGCAGCGUCCGUAUUGGACUU